AUGUUCUCUCUCCGGACUGUUGCACGCGGUGCUCCAGGUAUCCGGGCUUUCUCCACAGCCCGGAUACUGCAGACCAAGCUGGCAUAUCAGGUCUUUGGUCCGGAAAAAGGCGAAGCUGUCCGGGACCCUAUCCUGUUUCUACACGGUUUAUUUGGGUCAAAACAGAACAACCGGAGUAUUAGCAAGAUUUUGGCACGGGAUCUGAAAUGCCAGAUCUUCGCACUGGAUCUACGUAACCAUGGCCAUUCUUUCCAUGCCCACGAGCAGAAUUACGGCGUCAUGGCGGAGGAUGUACAGGAAUUCAUCAAACAGCACAAACUGGACAAAUGUGUCCUGAUCGGGCAUUCCAUGGGUGCCAAAGUGGCAAUGGCGGUAGCAUUGCGCGCCCCCGAAUACGUGUCAGCUUUAAUCCCCGUUGACAACGCACCGGUGAAUGCAGCACUGCAGAGCGAUUUCCACAAAUAUAUCCGCGGCAUGCAGAAAAUCGAAGAUGAGAAGGUGUCAACGCAAUCCGAUGCUAACAAAAUUCUCGAGCAUUAUGAGAAGUCUCUUCCAAUUCGCCAAUUCCUUCUCACCAACUUGAUACGCUCUGAAGAUAACACACUGAAGUCCCGAGUGCCGCUAUCCAUCAUCGGCGGUGCAUUAAAUAAUAUGGCUGAUUUUCCUUUCAAGGAAUCCGAUAACCUCCAUUAUUAUGGCCCGACGCUCUUUGUUCGUGGCACUAGGUCUAAGUAUGUUUCGGACGACACCGUGCCGGCUAUCAAAAAGUUUUUCCCCAACGCGCAGAUUGUGGACGUCGAAGCGGGUCACUGGCUCAUUUCUGAGAAACCGGAAGAAUUUCGCCAAGCGGUCGUGAAGUUUUUGAAGUCGAUAUAA